ACACAAAUACCUGCGGGAGAAAGGAGCCUCGGUUCGGUACGUCGAAUGGUAUUACAAAUAUAUAUAUAUAUAUUUUUAAUCCGUCCACCAUCCCGAUCAGCCUUUGUAAUCUUACCAGUAGAGUGCAGACUAUACCGCUUAGUUUGAUAUCCUAUAGCUUGGAAUCAUCUCUCAUUACCUACUUUCUCAUUCAUAACAGCAACGAGGUUGAAAAGUGUCGGAUAUCACACAAUUUAGCCUUGUAACAUCACUAGAUCAUUCAUCGUUGGUGAGUCCCCCUUCCCGUCUUGCGAAAGUGAUGAUCGACCACCCACAUAUUCUGUGACCCUUAUACGAAUUCAAGUACUCCGUACAUUUACCUGCUAAUCUUAUCAAAGCUUAUCGUGACCUCGGGAUCAUCUGCAACAAAAUCGAAGCAGACAGACGCUUUCCAGGGUUAUUCGAACAAAUCGACCAUGAGAGCCCCGGCUGAGAGAACAGCAAAACAGAGAUUCUUCCAGACUUCUCUUUGAAGAAUUUUCCAAGAUUAAUGAGGAAGCGAUGCACAGAGGUACCCUUUCGAAGAAUGAAGCUAAUGAACAGCAGGCGGAGGAUUAUUAAAAUAACUGCCAAUAGUAUACUCCGCAUGCAAUGAGGCAUCCUCCAGCAGCAUGUCAUUGACACUAUCAUGUAGAUAACCGCGGAAACGCCUCGUGGCAAAAUUGGUCUCAACAAUGAGUUCUCCUCAUAGUUCCAAGGGAGCUUUUGCGUUUUGUAAUUCUUCAACCCCGCCAAGAAUAUGGUACAAAUCAUUCCAAGCCAUACCCAAACAUGAUCUGUCAUAUCAACACAGAUAUCUGGAAUUUGUUCUUACCGUCUAGAUGAUUCAUACUUCCCAAAUGACAUCUACCGCUACAUAACAUCAUUCUUUUCGUCCGUCAAAACAAACUGCAAAUCUUGGGUAACCAAAAAAUCAAUCCAGAUCCAGACCAAGACCUCAGAUUGCCUCGGUGAUUUCUCUAUCCAGCAAUAAGGCUUGUCUCACUUGAUAUCUGCUGUCAAAGAAACUUCGAUAAGGAGCCUCGUCACCACGCUAUACUCUAGCAGCCGAGCAAGAUUGCAAGGAUAGCGAUAAAGCUAUUGCUUAAUCUUUUCGACAAAUUCGAUACCUUACGCUAUCAAGAUUGCAUCUGAUGCGCAUGAACCCAAUAAGUCUCCUCUAGGAUUUUCUGUCUCACCAAAGCAAUCAAUGAAAAGUGGAAUAUAUGCUUGUUAACUGGGGCUCCUUCAUCUUUGGACUCUCGCCAUCCCAUCCUCCGUCCCGUUCUCGCACCACUUCUCAUAAAUUAUACACAGCUUGUUAUCACUGACUUGCCAUCGACCAAUCAUAACAAUCCUGCCUCCUCUCUCAACCCAUAAAACGUCUGAAUAUUUUUCUCGAAACCCUAGCCAUGGAGUACAGAAGAAGCUCGAUGGUUAUGAACCGAAAACAACAGGCUAGUACAAACCCUCAGAUAUAUGCUAGUUUCGCCGGUGCUGGUGUCCCCCGGACCUCAAAUGGGAUUUUGGACGACAUGCCCACAAUGUGGUGGGAUGAGGAAAGAAUUCAGGCCACCGUUACACGACAAUUUGUGUUGUCAAAAUUAAAUCCAGACGAGCAAGAGCGUCUGGAUGAGCCAUUGGGUUUCGGUGAUGGCUUGACCGAUGAUACAUACAUGGAAUGGAUUGAAGAAAAGGCCAAAACAAUAUUCUUGAUCUUGGUGGAGUUGGGUGUGCCAGAUCAGAUAUUUGGAGUCAUUGAUGAUUCAUGGGGCGAUGAUGAUUUACCGAUACCGAUGGAUCAAGUUGAAAGACUACAGUUGACCUACGAUCGAAACGAAAAGCUAGAGAAGAAGUUUUUCCAGCGCCAAUUCAACUACCUCCUAAGAUAUGUCGCUAAAGGCGAACAUAUUUACUACGAUGAUGUAGAAGUCGUACCGCUAGAGCCAGUCGAAAAAAGAGCCGCUGGAUCAGUAAGUAGUCUUCUAGCGAACAGUGUUGAUAAGGUCCAUUUACCUGGCAGGCCAGACACCGUCUUUUUGCGCCGACGAAUACUCCUAGGUACCUCACCAGAACGAAUGCUACAUGAGGAAUUUCUGUCGGGUAUCGAAGCAAUGAAAAUGGUUGACCACGCACAUCUCAUGUCAUUAUGGGCUUCUUAUAUCCACCAGGAUAAGGGCUAUUUACUCUUGACUCCAGCAAACGCCAACUCGCUCAAAUCCUUUCUCACCAUUAUACCUCAAUCUUUCAAGAUCCUAGCUAAGCAGGACCGCCGUGUUCUUAUUUUGAAUUGGCUUCACUGUCUAGCUGGAGCCUUGUCAUUUCUUCAUAGCAAUGGUCUUUCCCAUCGUAACAUCAAGCCCUCCAAUGUCAUGCUCGACCUUGACAACCACAUCUUUCUGGGAGAUUUGGGCGUCUUCCCUACCCAUGUCCCUAUCGGGGAGAGAAGUGGCUUUGAUAAAGAGGCCUAUGAUUACUCCGCCCCAGAACAGCACCAUUACACGACGACUUCCACUUCUAGCCUGCCCAAUACCCGGUCGGCAUCAUCGCGACCACCGGCGUCUAGCAGGUCAGCUGGUGUCCCUACUGAUUUCAUAUUUCAAAUCCCUACAAUUUCAUUGUCAAAUGAUUCAUCAUCUGUUCAUACAGUCUCGACUGGUUCGCGAUCAGAAGGCUCAGGUCCAAGCCACACUAGAAGAGACAGCAGAGCUGGUAGACACGAUCCACAGAAGGCCGAUAUAUUUGCUUUAGGGGCUAUCUUCAUCGAAAUCAUCACAUUUCUUAUGAAGCGAGCGACAAGGAAUUUUGUCUCGCAUCGAUCGUCGAAGCACAAGACCCCGGGUCGUGGUGGCGGAGUUCCAGAUUCAAGCUUUCAUAAGAACCUGGGCCAAGUAGAUAGCUGGAUGAAUACACUUCUCAAAGACGCCACAAAGAAGGAAGACAAGAUCUUUCGAGGUGUUUCUCAAUUAAUCGCAAUUUCCCAACGAAUGCUCUCACCCGAACCAAACGAUAGGCCAUCAGCAAGCGAAGUUCAAGAGAGAAUCUACGCCGUCUUGACAGAGAAUUGUGGCCUAAGAGAUAAUCCUGGAGGUGACAACUCGGAAAGGGGACAGAUACAUUGCGGAACCCAAAUCACAGAAGACCAGUGGAACUUUGGCUUUGACCAACUGCGCCUCGCUAGUCAAAGGGCCGCGGCAGAAGCAUGUGCUUCCGUCGCUGGGAAUAUGGUGGCAAACCUCCCGCUCGGUAACGGAGGUGUAAUCUACGGCGUAGAAAGAGUAGCCACCGUAGUAAAUAACGGCAUACCUUUGUCAUCCAUGGGAGGGAGAGAAGGAGAUCGUGUUAGCAUCAAUACGAAAACGAGCAGCGGCAAAAGCAGCGAAGGGAAAGGCAAAGCCGCCGGACAGGAAAAAGCAAGACCUAAAGCUAAAGCUUGGCAGGCUCCUGUUUAUGCUGGUAUGUCAUUCCAAUGUUUCUCGCUCGUAUUGUUGAGUGUAUGUGUCUAUACUAACGAUUGGCGCGCAGAGCUUAGUUUCGGCUAACCCCCUAAAUAUCGGACUCGCGUGAAAUUUCGACCCACAAGCAACGAGAGAUGAAUUUUCAUAAUGACAUUUUUGGCCAGCAUAAGAGAGGGGAGAGAAGCGGGU